AGACGGCCAACAGAUAUACCAGCGCCGCGGCAAGCACAACUGGUGGCGGCAAGCUAAUAAUAACCGCAAGGAGCAGGGGGGUGGGAGUGGACGCAGCGAGUCCAGAGUCCACCUGGGCGCUUAAUGGCAGCAAGGUCGCAGCGAAGUUGAUGUGCAGAAGCGGGGAAUGCGGACGGCCAGGCCAGAGUGGAGGGUCGGCAGGGGGUGAUGUGGACGGGGUGGCUGGCUGGCUGGGGCCGGGAUGCGACGCUGGUGCUGGUUUUUCGAGAGGAGGAUUUUUGUUUGUGUUUCUUCGUCAGGUCUGGAUGAGAUAGUUGCUGGUUUGAGCGUGGUGUGGGAGCAAGUGUUUGAAGGGACGGAGGCUCUAGUCGGUUUAUAUGGCGCAGGAGGGAAACUUGUAAGCUGCCUACUCUGUCUAAAACAUGACACACGGAGGCGAAGGGUUUGGUCAAACGAGCUAGAAUAAUCUUAACCAAAUCUCAUCUAAGCCGUCGACGCCAUGACCUGGCGGGGCCCGAUGAGUAUGUACCGACCGACACCUGGUCAAGCAGACUCAUAUUAGAAUAGCGAGUUUACGAGAGGCGGAGACGGGCACCGUGCAGCUUAGAACAGCUUAGAAAGCUCUUCCCGGAGCCCAGGGUUGAUGGUUGUCCACCACCCAUGCAGCCUCACAGCUCACAAGCAAAAACUCGAGAGCCAAGAAGCAGAAGCAGAAGCCUUGAGGCCUUCCGACUUGGCUGCAGGCGACCGGGCCCUGGUCGGAGCGGGAGGCAUGGGCGUCCGAGUGGGAGGGAGGAUGCAGCGCCUCGUGGCCCCGGACGGCCGCGUUGGAUGAGACCCUAGCGCCAUGUAUACGGGGACCCAAGAUCCAUGGCAGAACAACGCCCGCCCGCUUUGGCCGCCCAGGUUGCCUUCUCCCUGGAGCCCCCCAACUCGAUCCACCGCGGCCGAAGAGAGAGACAGAGAGAGAGAGGUUGGGCGAAGAUGCGUGUGACGGGACGAAAUGAAGCUCGGAUCAUGGAUCGUGUUCGGCUGGAGAAGCCGUCCGGAGCCCUGUUGUGGGUCGUGAGCCGUGAGCCGUGAGCCCCGCGG